AUGACUUCCCCCUCUGCUUGUAUAAAGGAGCUGGUGAAUAAAACAUGUCUACAGAGAUACAGUGUCUCCUUGGAGCAGGGGCAGGUCUCUCUCAUCUGGUCCUUCACUUUCUGCAUCGGUGGGUUACUGGGGUCUUUGGUGCUAAUCUCAAAAUAUAGCAAAAAGCCAUCCCUUUUAUUGAGCAAUUUUGUGGCUAUAAUUGGAGCUGUGUUGAUGGUCUUGAGCCAAAGAGUCAUGUCUUUUGAGAUGAUCAUUGUGGGACUAUUUCUCUAUGGCAUCAAUCAAGGAAUCAAUUUUGCAGCUCACACUGUGUACGUUAUGGAAUGUGCCCCGAAGAGCCUGCGAGGGAUGGAGGUGGCCACCGCUACCUUCCUCUCCUUGAGGAAGCUCAGUGGUCAGCUGCUGGGGAUCAGGUCUUUUGUGGUGUACUUUUAUUCUUUUGAUGUGUUUGGUGCAACAGGAAUCCAACAACCCCAGUUACGUUAUGCCAGCAUGGGAAUAGGGCCGUGUGAGUUGGCCACCUCUGCAGCCUGUGUAAGACUCAUUUCACGUGUUUUUAAAUGUGUCCUGCUGUUAAGAGGAUACAUGGGAAAGUCUGCAACACCGAUCCUCCUCAAUGUCACUUCUUUUCUUCAGAGCCAGGCCUCCUGGAUGUCGUACUGCAGCAUGGUCCUUAUUUUCAUCUUCGUUUUCUUUUUUUUUCUGGGGGACCAGGUAUCUGGAGUAUCAGCUCCUCUUCCAUCAGACAUUUGAACUCAGUCGUACAAAGCUGCAGGAAACACCUUAGCCUGCAUCAUAAACUGAACACUCUUGUUUUUGCUGGGGAUAGUUUUCCCUUUCUUAAUGGAGAAACUGCAAUACUUUAGUUUUCUCACAUUCCUGUUUUUCUGCGCCACCUGUGGCUUGUUCGUGAAAUUCAAAGUCCCUGAGAUCAAGAAUCUGACAGCACUGGAGAUUGCUGUGGUUGAGCAGUGGUCCAUUCCAAAACGGGACACACUCACUUCGCCAGAUCAGCCACCAUCGCUCAAUCCGCUGGUUUCCAGUGCUUGGACCAAAGGUUACAUGUCUGUCAAUGAAGUUGGCCACCUCAGCCACAUCGGUUUUAUUCUUUCUACGCCAGAGCUGCUUCUUGCUUAA